ACAACAGAAAUCAAUUCACAGAGGAAGUGGUUGUGAAGAAAGUGUAUGACACACCAGAGACUGAGGAUUUCCAUGAGUCUAACAAGCUCCUUCAAAAGUUGGAUCAUUCUAAUAUUAUCAAGUAUUUGGAUCAUGGAAAGUUUGAUUCUCCUGAGACUGGAGAAUUUUUAUACAUCGUCACUGAAAAAGGAGAUGAAGACUUGGCUAGAUACUUAAAAGAAAGACAAACUAAUCAUGCAAAUGACAAUUUACAGGAAAUGUUAGAGAUUUUCGUACAAUUGGUAAGAGGAGUGGCGUUCAUUCACUCUCAGAAUAUUUAUCACAGAGAUAUAAAACCAGCCAAUGUGGUAGUUAGGAAAAACGAUUGGAAAAUAAUUGACUUUGAGGAUUAUGCUAAAACCGAUACUCAAGAUGAAUCAAUCUCAGCACAAAAGGUCGGGACUGAGUACUAUAUGGCUCCUCAAAUAUGUAUUCGUGGAUGUAAGGAUCGUAUUUUGGGAAAUUCUCUUGAUAGUUAUAGUUUGGGAUGCACCCUUCUUGAAAUGAUCACAGAUUCUUCAUCUUUAACAUUAAAUGGGAAUACUCUUGCUUAUAAUUUAGUUAAAAACGAAGAGAGUGAUGUUCAUAAUCAUAUCAGAAAAGUUAUUGGUGAAAAAGUGGCCAUGAGCAAACAAUCUUGUGGUGAUUUGGUUUGUAAUUUAAUUCAAAAAUCUGCUGCAAAGAGAUUGACUGCAAGAUGUGUGUUAGUUAGUGUGGAUAAGAUUUUACAAGAAAUUUCAGUAAUGAAAAAUCCAACAAGAAGCAGAAGGGGGAAAUGUAUGGUACAAUAA